AUGACUCUCAAGUAUAGGACUGGCGGGAAGGUCAUGGCCCACUUCUUCAGUUUCCUCCAAAGAGAGACAUUCAAAAGAGAGGCAUCUAAAAAGUUCGCAAAAAUAGCUACCUACCACUUUAUGAAGCAUCAUCAAAGGGUGGCACAUGCACGUGGAGCUGAGAAAAUGGUUAAGCAGUGGAAUGGGAGAACAGGUGAAGAUAGUGAAUCCACUCCAUUGAGCAGCAUCAGGGGGGGAGGGAACACAACCCAUCGAAGGGGACACAUCGACAAAUUUUCCAGCGUGAUGAUCAGAGCUAUCCUAGGCAAACAUAUGGGAGGACAACCACCCAAGUUGGUUUGUACAAACCAGAAAGUAUAUCACUGCAAUAAGUGGGACAAACGUAUCAAAAUUCGAUACGCUCAUAUUCGCAAUAUUGUGCGAAGGUUUGGCUGUCUCCACAGUAUCUGCACAACUCACUCAGUCAGCUCAAAGGACAAAGAAACAAAUGAGGAGGACUUCCACCCCGAAAUGGAGCUUCUUAAAAAGUGCUGCCACUACCAAAGGGUGGUACGCCAAAUGCUAAAGAGGUAUAAACAAGUCAUGCAGAGUAGGCAACACAAUGAAGAGGAGAAAAAUCACCUUAGCUAUUUUUUUUUCCCACCAAGGGGGAAUCUCCAUCUGAUACGCAGUUGGAAGGAAAACGGUCCAACAUUCAUGUGGAGAAAAAUGACACACAAAGGAUUAAACGAUUGUCACAUCAACCGGUGGGGUGUCCCCCACAAAGGAGUACUAAAAGUUGUUAGUGGGACUACAGUUCGUGCACCGCUUGUGUUCCAUUUUAAGAGGUCAAAGGGAGGGAAGCUCAGCACCAACGAACAGAUAACCCACCUGAUAAGGGAAAAGACGUCCCUUUUAACCCUCUGCGAGAGGGCUAAACAUAUUGUGCUUCUCAUCGAAAGCGAACCUUUUGAAGUAAUCACAAAAUGCAUGCAGACUAUGAAAUGUUUCUUGCAUACAUAUGGGGAGACCUUUCUAGGAGCCCUGCACUUCCUGCAACGGCAGGAUGUGGGAUCCAAGACAAGUGCUGCUAUAACAGUUCAGCGUAGAAGGGAAAACGCUACGGGAAAGCAGCACAAACGAGGUAGGAACAGAUUAGGCAAGAAGUACCCAUCACAGAUUGGGAGUCGCUUUCCCCCCGAGAAGCUUCACUCCUUUGUAUAUCUCUUCACGCGAGUGUUCACCUCGUAUGUCUAUUUGCUUUUUCACGCCCUGCGCAAGUACAAGAAGGACAUCCAAAAGAGGUGUGUUCUGCUAAAAAUUGCAAUUAUCAACAAGGGGGGUACAUCCUACAAAAGGGUAAAGCAGGAUGGAGUGCCAAUCGAGACAGGGAUGAAACUCCCACCCGCAACUAACGGGAUGAUUACCAAAAAAGGUGAAGGAAAGUACUACCAAAGCUUCUUUAUCUCGCUCAUAUGUAAACUAUCAAGCAGUGCCAACUCUUCAUUUGUGCCACUUUGGAAGAAUGGAGCCCACGUGAAGGACGUAAAACCUGUCCUUGUCUACCUCCUUCAAACCCUCUUAAGAAUCAUAAACAGGAGUCAUCAGAAGAGGGACAAUCCCCAUUUGGGAAAAAAAAAGGAAAAUUGCACAAAUUGUGAGGUAAAGUUGGAGAGAGUAGCACACCUGGUUGAGGAGCAAAUUUUGUGCAUGCUUUUAAAAAAGAAACUUUUUUCCCACUUUGAAGAACUCCUCAUACAUGGUGAUGAGACUGGGGAGGGGAAGCCCCCUAGUGGAUAUCCCCUCAAGUGGGCAGAGCAUACUGCUCACCAAAUUUUGCACCAGCGGAGGAGCAAACGGAUUUGGCUUCGAAAAUAUUAUAAAAUAUAUUUGCACUUCCUGAGGUAUAUCGAAAGGGGUCACAUUUUCAAAGGUGAAAAAAUGGUGCCCCUCCAGAAGAGACGUUGUUUCUCAUUUCCCAAUGGGGAGGAAUCAUUUCGAGAAAAAGGGAAAGCAACAUGGUUAUCUCAUUUUAAAGAAAAAUUUGGAAAAGUAAAAAACGAGUUUUACAUGCACAUGGGUAGGAAGUACUUUCUGCUCUUCACCAUUAUGUCUUGUGCAAAAAGGUCCCAAGUGGCGACCCCCUUUUUGACGAUAUUUUUAAAAAUUUUGUUUUCCCUAUCGGAGCAGAAGAAUUUCCUUUUGCAGUUUUACUUUUACAAGGCGAGAAUUUUGGAAUUCAUGCUGCACUGCGUUGGAGAAAGUAGCGUUGGCGACCACUCGGACGCUGUUUCACGUAAAGCACUUGACAUGCGCAAGCAAGGGGAGGAACAAUCUCUUCGUAUACGAGGAAAAAGUCACACCAGUGGGAGGGAGACAAACGAAGAAGAUAACCACCUCUGCAUUUUCAGACCCCCCUCAGGUAACCCCAAUAGUGCACAAAGUACAAAAUUGGAGAAACAAAUUUUUGUUCGCCCCCUUGCAUUAAAUCGUCUUCAGAAACGCUCCCCAAGAUACUUCGUCCAGAAGAACUCCCCUAUUUUGGAGGAGCGGACAAACGAAUUAUGCACCUCACUAUUUGACGAGCUCAUCGGCGUCGCGAAGGGGAAGACGUUCAGUUUUCCCAAAAUUCUUCGCAAGUAUGCCCCCCUUGACGAACUUAUAAACGUGGAGGACAUACCGAUCAUGAAGGUCUUGCAGCUUCAUUUGAAUCAACAGAAUGCACAAAAGCUUCUACGACGCGUAAAAAAAUGCAUACAGGGGAAUGACCCACUGCAGAUGCUGUACAGCCUUGCCGUGGUUAGCAACAUGAAGCAUUUGCAUUUUCUGAAAAAAAUAAAUGAAGAUGGGAAUGGAACGAUACACUUAUGUUCUCAUUCAAUUUUCCGACAUAAACCAUUCAUUAUAAAAUUGAUAAAGAUACAGAAGCAUAUCAAUGAAAAUUACGCUUUUAAAAAUAUUUUCGAUGAAAUAAAAUGCCUUCGAAUAUUUCAACAUGUGCAUGGAAGCAUAUGCCAAAUGUACCAAUACGGUGUUAUAAAAAAUGGCAAUUGUAGGACCUUUACUUAUUACCUACUAAUGCAGCAUUAUGAUGACAAUUUAAAAAAUUAUAUAAAUUAUUUACACGAAGAUUACUUGCUAAGAAGAGAAAAAAUUGUGUGUGCAAAUUUGUUGCCCUUUUGGGGCCUCCAGGGAAUGGACAAAAAUGGACAUUUACUGUUCAGAAAAAAAAAAAUUUUUAAAAAAAUAACAAAUGAAAUGCCCCAAUGGAGGGGACAAUACAAAGAAGGAAAAUCCACAAAAAUUAAUUUAUCAUUAUAUUAUGCCAUGUUGAGAAAGAGCAUCCGUAUGAGGAUAACCCAGUUACAACACGUGACGUCUGUUUUGAGGUUGUUCGGACGAAUUGUACAAACCGUUAUGCGCAUACAUAGAAGACGGAUAACCCAUUUUGACAUUAACUCAAGUAACAUUUUGGUAAAUUACAACGGAUCCGCUUUGUCAACAUUAAAUGGGAAAGCUCCUUUCCAUGGGGCCCCACGUCUUCGGAAUGGAUACCACAAGAAGGGAGAAAAUGCUCCCCAAGUGGGAAACAAUUCGUCUUCCUCCUUUUUUGCACCCCGGACGAGUUACCUGACCCGUUCAGGCAAAAAAGUAAAAACCACAAAAAUGGAAGGGACGACGAAAAGUGGAAGAAGCACACAGGAAAAUUUAAACCCAAUGAAGAAUAACACAACAGGGGGGAUCAAUCUGGACAGAAUGUGCCUCGUGCCCACUCCGCAGUGUUAUGCUACACCUUCCCAAAGGAGACAUGUCCCCAGUAUGGGUAAAGUUCCUAACCCCCCAUCCAUCAUCAUUAACGACUUUGGAGAAAGUAAAGCCUUUUUCAGCAAUAAGGAUUUCCUAUUUUUUCGAACAAGCAGGGGAAACGAAAUGAUGGCUGCGCCCGAGCUGAUGAAAAUGGAUGCGGAGAAGGAGAAGCGGGGAAGGGACACAGCCCCUGAUAACCACAAGUUCCGCAGCAGAACUGCAGGUUUAGCAACAAAGUGGUUGCGCAGAGAAGGAGCCCACAAUCGAAUUACAGCCAAUUCAGCGAACUUUAAAAUUGUCGUCCGAAUGGGAAGCAGCGAAAGCAUUAUCGGCCUGAAGAAAAAAAAAAGUCAUAGCAGUGUGGGAAGAAGCGAUCCUCACAGAUUGACCAUUCGGAAGGCAUCCCCAUUUCGAUAUUGCAAACAGAUUGAUGAAAUGAAGAGAGUGCUAAAAAAGAAGCUGUUGAAGAGGCGAACUUUUCACAGGAGAAGAAGAGACAUCCAAAAAAGCGACGUGUGGUUACUUGGCUUUCUACUUUUCGAGAUGAUUACAAAUGAAGCAUUAACAAAUGAGUGCAAUAUAUUUUUGUACAUAAAGAUAGAUCAGAGGAGAAACCUACUCCAUAAAAUGAUUAACAAAAAAAUUGACAAUAAUUUGAAGAAAGUUAAAAAAUUUUUCCAUUUUUUUUUCCAGUUUGACGUGAGGAAGAGGAAAUCCAUCGACGAAAUAUAUGCACACUGUGGUCAGCUCUAUCAUUAUUAUGACGCAAAGUUAAAGAGGCAUAGCGAAUUGCUAAAACGGGUGGAGGGGACAGGCGUGAAUAGUGUCUUUCCAGGGGAAAAACCUCAUAUGCACAAUGAGGAGGGUGUCUUCCCCGCGCGAGGGACGAAUACUCGACCGUUUUCCCCGCAACAGGUGGUAGUAAAAAGGAACGGGAAUUACUCACUCCACACUUUGGAGUCGCAUGCCAAUCGCGUUACAAAUUCUCAGAAAGGAAAUGAAAUUCGAGCCAGUGACAAGCAUAAGUUCGUCUCUUAUAUCGUUGUGAAGAACGGACAGUACGCAGAGCUGCCUCUCAACGUGCGUUGCCCAUCAUGUGUUAGUCGGCGCCCCUUCGAAAGGGUGCAAUCUGUUCGAAGUGUGCAGUCUGUUCGAAGUGUGCAGUCUGUUCGAAGUGUGCAGUCUGUUCGAAGUGUGCAAUCUGUGCGAAAUGCCAAAAUGCUCCUCCACGGGCUGGCUACACAUAACAUACUGAAGGUGGGCAAUGUUUACCUCAUUGCUCACAUGGACAGGGAAGCAAAAGAGUUUAUCGAUUUGCCCUACUUCGGAGAAGGCCCAGUUUUUGUUUUUCCCCCCAAGAUGAAUCAACAGCUAAUUUCUCUUUAUAACCAGAGGAAGAGACACGUCACGCGUAUUCCCAUUUUGUAUUUAAAAAAAAAACUCUUUUAUAAGAAAAACAAACACACAAAAAAUGAAUUUUAUAGGCAUCUUAACAAACUUACGGGGAGAAGUAGCCCCACAUGGAGCCACUUCUGUGAACAUAGCAAAAUGAAGAUCUACAAAAAUAAGAUGAAAAAUUUUGCUCAUUUUUUUUUUUUUUUUUAUGAACAUUCAGGUAAAAAUUCACCAGCUAGCCAAUUCGACAGAUAA